AUGGGACAAUAUCUUAGGAAUGAAUCAUCUCUCGAACGUAAACCCGAAAUUAAGGAAACUUAUGACGACGUCGUAAGGGAAUAUUUAGAUUUAGACCACAUGAGACCUGUGUCCUCAACAACUUUACAUUCUUGUUAUUUGCCACAUCAUCCAGUAAUGAAGCCUGAUACAAUUCAUUUAGAGGCUACAUCAGAUUUGUCAACGCCAAACUUUAUGGCAGCUUUUCAGCGUUUUAUUUCCCGUCGAGGUUGUCCAAAUACGAUUUUUUCCGAUAAUGGCACUAAUUUUGUGGGUGCUUCGCGUCAAUUAAAAAAGGGUUUUAAAUCAUUUCUUAAGGAAAGUCAGUCUCUGAUAUGCUCUUCUUAUGGAGUUCAAGGCGUUUCAUGGCGUUUUAUCCCAGCCGGCGCUCCCCACAUGGGUGGUCUUUGGGAAGCUGGUGUGAAGAGUUUUAAACUUCACUUUAGAAAACAAGCUCAAGCCUUUAAAUAUACCUUUGAAGAGCUUUCCACUAUUCUGGCUAGAAUCGAGGCGUGUUUAAAUUCCCGUCCGCUAUGUCCCAUGACGGAUAAUCCUCAGGAGCCAGUUUGA